AUGACUGACCAUCGCCCCUUGAUACCGAUUCUCAAUCACUAUACUUUGGAUGCUAUUGAGAAUCCACGCCUUCAACGCCUCAAGAUGAAAGUGGCCCCCUACAUCUUCACUGCAGUAUGGCGCGCAAGGAAACAACUUUGCAUACCAGACGCCCUGUCUCGCUCCCCAACCAGUCGCCCCACACCUGAAGAUGAAGAGGAGUGCACCACUUCGACUGCACAUGUCAGGCGUAUCGUUGCCAGCACCGCCACUUCCACUGACAACCAGGCAACAGGACCCAUCAUCGAAGAAGACAAGUCUCUACAAGAAAUCCACACGGCCGCAUCCCAGGAUCAAGAUUACAGUCGUCUCGUUCACUACGUCUCCAACGGUUUUCCUACCAACCGCUAUGAUCUCCACGCUUCCGCCCUCCCUUAUUGGAAGCUGCGGGACAACCUUUACGCGGAUGGAGAGUUAGUAUUGUAUGGACCCCGGAUUGUCAUCCCUGCAGCCCUCCGUAGACGCACCUUGGAUCGACUCCACGACAGCCAUCGAGGGAUUGAAGCUACUCGACGUCGUGCAAUGCAGACAGUAUUCUGGCCAGGUAUCAUGCAGAUAUCAAGAAGUAAGGUAGAAAGCUGUGAGGCCUGCCAACAGCUUCUCCCUAGUCAGCAACAAGAACCUUACAUGUGUGACGACCAUCCAUUCCGGCCCUUCGAAAGUGUGUCAGCUGACUUCUUCCACGUAGCAGGGAAAUCCUUCCUUGUUAUUGCAGAUAGACUUUCAGGCUGGCCUGUGGUUGUUCCCUGUGGACGUGACACAACUGCAGCCAGAGUUACAAGAAUGUUCUGUGUUUUCUUCCGCGAGGCUAAUGGACACGCAGAAGCUGCAGUUAAAUCGGUUAAACACCUUAUCAUCAAGACUGCCCCAUCCGGGAACAUAGAUUGUGAAGCCUUUGAUAGAGGACUGCUGGAGCUUCGGAAUACACCGAACCCUGCUGGACGCUCCCCUGCGCAGAUCCUCUAUGGCCAUCCUCUCCGCACUUGUGUUCCGGCUCACCCCAGAUCAUUCACAGAGGAGUGGCAAACUAAGACUGAAGAUUACGACCGUCGCACUGCUGCCCAAACUGACCAGGCCAUGAGCCUUUACAAUUCUCAUGCCUGCCAUCUACCCAAACUCCCACCUCGGGCCAACGAGUUAGGAUACAGGACGCAACGACGCUUCGAUGGGACAAGGUCGGCAUCGUGA